AAGCUCUCAAGAAGAAGAGCCAAUAGUAUAAAUAGUGUGGCCCAUUGCAGUGGGUUUCAUUUGAGCCUGCGUCACGGCACAGUGCAGUAUUUGUGAGAGAACAUAUAAGAGCACAUCAAUGCAAGCUCUUAAGAAGAAGAGCCAAUUGUUUAAAUAGGGCGGCUAAUUGAGGCUUGGUUUCAAUUGAGCCUGGGCCGCGGCUAAGUGCAGGUGGUGUGUUAAUGUGUUUGAGUGUGAGUGUUUUUUAUUUUUUUUUUUUAAAUCGAAGAUUUACUUGAGUGUAAGCUCACCAGCAGUAUAAAAACCGCUGUCCAUUGCAGCUGGAUUUCAGUCGAAGCUGUGAUGCGGCAUAGAGAAGAUGCGUCAUUGCGAGUCGGUAUCGGAGUAAUCCUGCUGGCAAUAUGCCUGCCCCAGCCAUUGCACGCGCUGCACGAUUUUGCGGGUAUGUGUCGCCUGUUCAAAAAUGGCACCCACAUCCGCAAGCCGGGUACCUGCGACGAGUACAUUGAAUGCAUAAAUGACACGGGAGUAAUACACACCUGUGCCGAUUCCCUGGUCUUUGAGCCAAGUUCACAGAAGUGCGUCCAGGCAACGGCAAGCAACAGCGUUUACUGUGGCAAUCUUUGCGAGGGAUUGGAUGGAAAAUGGGUAGCAGAUCCAACAGACUGUCAAAAUUACUUCUACUGCAGGAACGGCGAGGCCCUCGGCGGUCAUUGCGACAAUUCGCAGCAUUUCAAUGAGACCACGCAGUCGUGCGAGUAUGGAGUCGACUCGCUUUGCGUGGACGUAGCAAAUAUAUGCGAAAUAUUGCCCGACAAGACCAAGUUUCGGCAGGAGAAUGACUGUAACGAGUACUAUGAAUGCAAGAGUGGAAAGCAUAGUCUUAAGACUUGCUCAUCAACGCAAUACUUUGAUGUAGAAAUCGGCGGCUGUGCGCUUAAAAGUCAAGUGAAAUGCACAGCGCACUCCAAGAAGAAUGUGUGCGUGUCCAAAAGCAAACCAAUUUCUGGCUACCAAUCGGACGGUGCCACUUGCCGCGGCUACUUCUAUUGCGCCGACCUCGGUGCCGUUCCCGACAUUGAUCCCAUAUGGGCCCAGUGUCCAGAGGGCUACUUCUUUGAUGACAUUAACAAGAGAUGCGGCCUGCCCACUUCGGUGGUGUGCACACACAACCGCUGUGAGGGGCGUGGCACCAUGCUCGUCACCAGCAGCAGCAACAACUGCCACAACUAUAUUACGUGCGUGGACGGCGUCGAAGUCGAGGAGAACACCUGCCAUUGGGAUCACUUUUUCGAUGAGUCAGUGCAAGGCUGCUCUAGUAAGAUUGUUUACGACGAGUGCUGCGAUGGUCGUGACUGAGCCAAAGCCGUGUCAAUCCAUACAUAUGUAUGUAUUUAUACAUACAUAUGUGGAUAUGUAUGUAUGGGAUGUGUAGGUGUCAAUCAAAAAGUUGACAGCAGGUACGCACGUACAAUUUGUUUGUGUACAUGUGAAUUCCAAUUGUUGUUUAAUCAAUGUAUUUCCUGAAAAUAUGAACAUAUUUUUAUAAAAUCAGAACAUUAUUUUAGCCAAGCUUAUUAUUAUUAUUACCCCCGUAACAAUAAAUUCGCUAAACGCAUUGCAUUGCAGCCGAAAA